AUGUCAGAGGAAUCGAGCAGCCGCAAUGGGAAGGAGGGUCAGGAUGAACAAGCAGGAAGCGCCGCUGGACCACCUUUUCAAGCGCAGCGCCACGGAAGCAGCAAAGACAAAGAUGCUUCGAGCGAUGAUGUACCACAAAUAUCUCAGCCCGGGCUCUCGCGCACUGCGCGCGUCUUAGUCCUGGUGCCGGUCAUACUAACGUACUUUCUCUGGUUUCUCGACCUGGCUGUGGUCUCGACGGCGACUCCAGCCAUCACGUCGGAGUUCAACUCAAUUGUCGAUGUCGGCUGGUACGCCUGGCAACGUUCACCCGCUAUCCAAUAUCGCCUGCUGACAGUCGACUUCAGGCAAGCUCUUUCGUUCGUUUCCCAUCAAGGCAAGCUCACCCAGGACAUUCGUGCCUCAUGGAGCGAUCCGCAUACUAACACAGCAAUGCAGUGGACCUUUCUUAUAUUCUUCUUCAUCUUUGAGGUCGGUUCGGUGCUAUGCGGAGCAGCUCAAUCGUCGGCAAUGUUCAUCGUGGGGAGGGCCGUUGCAGGCAUCGGCUGUUCUGGUAUUUCGACGGGAGCAUUGACGAUCAUAACCGCUAUCCUGCCUGGUAAAGCCCAAGCACAAGUUCUCGGUAUUGCUCAAGGUCUCGGCCAGCUUGGGCUGGCCAUUGGUCCAAUUCUUGGAGGUGCGUUCACCGAAUACGUCUCUUGGCGAUGGUGCUUCUACAUCAACCUCCCCGUAGGGGCCGUGGUUGGGGUCCUCCUCGUGCUCUUCCGCAUCCCAGAAUCAGAGCCAAAGAAGCCGGCACGAGAGGUGCUAGGGACAGCCGUCAAGUCGCUUGACCUUCCAGGGUUCGCCUUGAUCUGCCCUGCGGUCACAAUGCUUUUGUUGGGCUUACAAUUUGGCGGCAAUGAACACCCAUGGAAUAGCUCUGUCGUCAUCGGGCUCAUAGUCGGGGCAGCCGCAACGUUCGUCAGUUUCCUUUUCUGGGAACGACGCCAGGGCGACGAGGCCAUGGUGCCAUUCGCUCUGCUCACCGACAAGGUCAUCUGGUCGGCCGCAGGCAACAUGGCAUUUGUGCUGGCGAGCAUUCUUGUCGCGGACUUCUACCUUGCGAUCUACUUCCAGGCGGUCAACAACGACUCGCCUCUGAUGAGCGGUGUACAUCUGCUUCCAACAUGCCUGAGCCUUGUCCUUUUCACCAUCAUCUCGGGCGUCAUGAUUGAGAAGCUUGGCUACUACCUACCCUGGACACUGUCAGGGAGCGCCAUCUCAGCUAUCGGAUACGGACUCUUGUCGCUUCUGAGCCCGACGACACCAGCCGCCAAGUGGAUUGGCUAUCAAGUGUUCUAUGGAGUCGGGAGUGGUUGCACAGCCAUAGCCGGGUACAUUGCCGUUCAAAACCUCGUUCCAGCAGCGCAAAUACCAACUGCCAUGGCGAUCGUCAUCUUCUGUCAAGGCAUGGGCGGUACCGUAUUCCUCAUUGUCGCAAAUGCCGUGUUUAGUAACAGCCUGCGGCACCUGCUGAGAUCACAGAGUUCGAAGAUUGGAGUUGCUCCAGACGUCAUUGUUGCCGCUGGAGCAAGAGGCCUUCGUCAGCUGAUUCCGGGUAGCGAGCAACUUGCCAUUGCGCUACAAGCAUACGCGGACAGUAUCGACAACGUUAUGUACGUUGGCGUGGGUGUUGCGUGUGUUGCAUUCGCGUUUGCUUGGGGUCUAGGUUUCAAGGACGUUAGAAGGGAGAAGGCGAAGAGCAAUGCGCAGACGACGGGAGGCGUGGAGGCGAAGGAAAAGAAUCCCGAGGCAGGCUCAUGA